AUGAGUCUUGCACGGCCAUCAAGAUGUCUGCUAUGCAGCUUCUCUCGUGUAGCCACCCCAAGCACGCGAGUGCCUCGUCGCCAAUUCCACCCGACUCCUGCGAUUCUGUCGAACCGGAAACCCAAGUUCCCCAACAUCAAGGCUCCCGAGGACCAAAAUUUCAAUGCCUCUCAUUCUGGCCCGAAGCCCAAAGACUACGAGCCCUACACCGCAGAGCAGAAGGCCCGCUUGGGAGAGGAGUACUCGGAGGCCCAAAUGAAGGCCAUCGAGGCCGGUGAAGCCGCCAUUGACCCCAAGGACAUGGCCGAACAGUUCCGCCCGCGUACCGACCCGCUGAAAUUCAACUACCUGGACGACUUCUCCGUGAUCGAGCCCGGCAUCGACCGCAACACCCGGGCACCCCAGUCGAACUCGGACUACAACUUCAAGCUGAAGAGUGAGGAUGACUUCGUGGAGGACUUUGGCCGCUUUUUCGCCGAGCUGCCCAAGGAUGCUACUGGUGCUGACUUUGUGCGGUUCGGUGAAUCGCUGCGGUUGACCCAUGGCAAGGAGGAGAACGAGCUCAACCCGCAUAGCGCAUUGGUUCCGGACCUCUUCGGCCCUGGGGAAACUAUUGACGAUCCCCGCGUGGAGGAAAAGAAGAGCGCUGCUGAACGGGGCGAGAAGGAGCGUUCCCUUGUGGCCGAGGAGCUGACUGAUGCCUUGAAGAGCCUUCUCUUGGCCACCGGAUACACCAACCGCCAGGUUAACGAACUCCGGACCAAGACCCUUGUUUCCCACAGCGUCGUGAACCAGACCCGUCUUGGUAAGGUCCGCCGCGCUUACCGUCUGUCCAUUGCUGGUAAUGGCAACGGUCUGUUGGGAAUCGGUGAGGCCAAGUCCGAGGAGGCUGCCGAUGCUAAGAUUCAGUCGCAAUACCGUGCCAUUCGCAACAUGCAACCAAUUCCUCGUUAUGAGAACCGUACCAUCUUCGGUGAUGUCAAGGGCAAGGUCGGCGCUGUUGAGUUGCAGUUGAUGCACCGUCCCCCAGGCUUCGGUCUCCGUGUCCAAUACCUGAUUUACGAAAUGUGCCGUGCUGCCGGUAUCCAUGAUCUGGCGGCUCGGGUCUCCCGCUCGAGAAACAAGAUGAACACCGUGAAGGCUGCGUACGAGGCGCUCAUGGGCCAGCGCAACCCGGAGGAGAUCGCUCGGGCCCGUGGCCGCAAGAUUGUUGAUGUUCGCAAGGUGUACUACGCUGGCAAGGUUUAG